GAGCUGCGGGUGAUACGCAAGGUGCAGGUCAACCAAGUGAUAAGGAGCCCAUUAACUGUGAUGACAUAAUAGAAUCGGCAAAAGCUAAACUAGUCAGCUCUUCGACAACAAGUUUAAUCAAAACUGCAACAGCAAUUACCAAUUGUAGUCCACUUAUGAGCCAGCAAAAAGAGACACCAGGAACUCCCAAUGAGAUCAGCUCCUGCAGCAUUAAUUCCGUUGAAGGGAUCAAGGUCAAGCUAAAUGGCAAUAUCAAUAUCAAUGGCAGUGGCAGUGGCAGCCAGGUAACUUCUACCACUAAUCGAGAUGGAAUAUCAAAUAUAGCUGCUGCUUCUGCUGCUGCUGCUGCAUCUGCUCCUGCUCCUGGAUGCGAUAUAUCAUCAUUGUCAACGCCUAGAUUACGACGCCGUCGAGAGUCUUCUGAAGGAAAGUAUGUAACAGAUCCGACGCAAUUAAAUCUAAGAUUUCAACGUCCACGGUGUCGGGCUUCCAGCAGUUCUCGCGGCGUUCCAACAUCAAUGCUGGGCAAUUUUGAUGAUCAGUCAACUGAUAACAGUGAAGAUAAGGCUGGCAAGGGAUUAGGUGAAGACAUUACGGAUUUGGGUCAGUUUCAUAUAAAGCCGAACCAUCAGCUGCAGCAUGGAAUCAAAAUACAAAUGAGACUCCAUUGCGAAAUGAUAUUUCGCCACCGCCGGUGA